CAAAUCAGCCCAAAAGCAAAAAUAGCCCCACUCCCUAUCGAGCGUUCACGCAUCCAUUACUUUUGGCAAGCGUAGCCCUUCUAAUUGGAAAUCAGGAGCAAUCGGUAUACGACAUUGGACUCCCAUCUACCGAUUCAGCACGAAUUUUCUCAAUUCCACCAGCAUAAUGGCGUAUUUCUCUCUCCAGACUCCCGCUGGCCAGUACGAGCACGACGGUCGCAACGCGCAAUCCCUAGGAUCUCAACGCAGCCACUUAGCCGACUCAAGAAACUCACCCGACUCCGAACCGCAAUGGGUUCACCAGGCCUCAAACACCUGCUCCGCCGCGCCCACCCAGGUUCUCCCCGUCCCUACCGGCCGCCUCGAGGACUAUUUCGUUCUCGACUCCCACGUUUUGGGGUCCGGCCAGUUCGGAACCGUCCGCCGCUGCACGGAGCGGGCCACGGGCUCGCGCUUCGCCUGCAAAACCCUCCUAAAGGACCGGCUUAGUACCGAGGCGGAACGCGACGAGAUUCGGCGGGAGAUUGAGUUAAUGCAGCGGGUUGCGGUGGGCGGCGCGCACACGGGAAUCGUGCAGCUGCGCGCGGUGUUUGAGGACGACGUCGCAGUGCACCUCGUGAUGGAGCUCUGCGAAGGCGGCGAGCUGUUCGACGAAGUCGUGCGACGUGGGCGAUUCAACGAGCGCGACGCGGCGAGCGUUUUCGCACAGGUCGCAUCCGCCGUCGCACACUGCCACGCGCGCGGCGUCCUCCACCGCGACCUGAAACCCGAGAACAUCCUGCUCGUGCGGGACCCAUCUGUACCGCUCUGCGCCGCACCCCUCACCACAAAAGUCGCAGACUUCGGCCUCGGGGUGUCGCUCGUCGCAGGCGAGCGCGCGAAAGGCGUCGCAGGGUCGCCGUUUUACAUCGCACCCGAAGUCCUCACAGGCGAUUACUCCCUAGGCGCCGACGUGUGGUCGCUCGGCGUUAUACUAUACAUCCUCCUCAGCGGCGUGCCGCCUUUCUGGGGCGCGACGGAUAAGGACGUAUUCGUUGAGGUUCUUAGGGGUGCGGUUGAUAUGAGCGGUCCGGAAUGGUCGGGGGUGUCGGAGGAGGCGAAGCACCUGGUGCGGUGCCUGCUUCAAAGGGACCCUGCGAGGAGGCCGUCCGCUGCCGCGAUCCUCUCCCACCCGUGGAUCCUGCGCUCGUGCCACGUCAGCAAUGCUGGUGCUCGCCACGUGGCUGUUCCAACGAAAUCAGAUGCAGCAGACGCUAUUAUGGCGUGAACUGUGCAGAAAGUAGCCAGGGUUGCAGCAGAAAGGGGAGGGGAAAAAUAGUGGAGCAACAGAUGUGUCGCACAGGGUGAUGCCAAGCCAAGCCUCCUCGAGUCAGACAACGUCGCGUGACUGUUUGUGACAGCUUCGUACGCGAGAGAAAGCUUGUGAAGAGAGGCUUGGUUUGGCAUUACUCCCUAGAUGUGUUUGUAAUUUACAUUAGUGUGCUAUAUUUCUGAA